CACGCAACAGGGCGCUUUUUUUCUAUACUAGAGGUACCCCCUUGAUACCGUGUAAUAUAGAAGGUAAGGUAGAAAAAAGCCCAAGGGCAGCCGCGCGUCUUCAGCUUACUUUUUUCAAAAUUGCAACGUACUUUGACAGACAGUAUUUCUACUUUGCGACAGCAUCUUCAGACUCAGAUAUGCUGACAUUGAUAUUUGAUAGCCCCGAAUCAACAAGCUAAGCCUGUCCCUUUACAGUCAGUACGCAACUCAUGGCAACAAGAAGCACCCUGAAGUGAGGUCGCUUUCCGGAAUGCUGGUCUCGGUUGCAGGAGGUCCGGCCGAUUCAUUUUUCCGCUAGGGAGAUCGCCUUCCUGACCGAAGCCCGCAGUGACGGCCGCGCUGUGUUCAGCGAUGCAGCAGUGUAACAGCACCGGUAUUCGCCCAUCAUGCGGCAGUUUCGCCUAGAAAAUUGCAGAUUUGAAAGCGACAGUGGCUCGAGCGCAUCUCUCCUGUAUUGCCGUUCUGCAGGACGUCGAGAGCGACCCACCAGCGGAAACUGCGAGUUCGUGACCAGGCACGUAAGAACCCUGUCAGCCCGAGCUCAACGAGUUGCAGGGACAUCCAGUUCCGAUGCCUCCGAACCAGCGGCUUAUUUUUCAGCAAGAAUCACGCGUCAGACACGACUUGCUCGUUGUGAUGGUUCACCUGGCGUCGCCGCACUCGCGCCGGCACUUUCCCACGCCAGUCACAAGAAAAAAUAGGGCAAAAGAAAGGAAAAGAAAAAAUCAGAAAAGAACAUCCAACAAUGGCCCAUGGAAAAAAAAGAAAAAGAAAAAAGAAAUCGAAAAGAAAAAAGUCGAAAAAGAGAAAAGAAAAAUAAGUGACAGUGGCAAUGUGGAGGUCUGGUUUCGGGAUGCAGCGGGAACUGCAAAAAAGUCGUCUGUGAAGAUGGAAGGCGAUGCAGGAGCGAGGCCCCAGAGGUGCAAUUUGAAGCUCCGACAGCGGUCCCUGUAACAGUUUGUCCGUGGCAGCUUUCUCGCACCUGCUUCUGGAGGACACAAGUCGGGUGCGGCACUGGCACGUACGGUAGCCAACACUGGAUGCUGCAUCCGUCGGCAGGCGUCGUUGCAAAAUGGAGUUGAUGCACGAUGUAGAUCAAUACGUCACACAGCCAGAGACCCCUGAGGAGACGGCGAUGCGACUGGUUUUUUCCGAGAUUUAGUUGUGCGCGUUCAUCCGAACACGACAGCCCUCUAACGGAGAUACCGAGAGCAACAGCAUCGUCAGCGGCAGAAGCAACUUCUACUGCUGGCCAUCUCCGAGCAAAGCAGAACCCUGCUUGAGGCUUUCCUGUGACGUUUCAACCGAGCGUCUUCGACAGUAUUCGUGGAAAAGAAGCGGCAACAGUGAACACAAUAUCUGUAGUCCUACUGUCGGACCGAGGACAAUGCGGACCACGCCAUGUAUUCAUGCGACACGCGGUCUGCGGCGUCGGCCCAGGAUGAGCCUUUGCUAUGGGGAGUAGUGAAGGACGUCCUUUGCGGUUGUACGUAAUUCCACUUCCGGCUAUGCGAGGGGAAACAAGUUGUAGAAUGCGACGCAAAUUGAAGGCAGCACACGGAGCAGUUCUGCGAAAACACUGGCUUCGCGACAACGCCUUCUAUCUAGGCAUCGCGCUUUUGCACUAGCACUGCGCCAGCCUUCGACGUUAGCCUUCCCGACCGUAGGAAGUGCUUGACGCUUUUGGACCAGCAGUGCGGCGGGCACAGUCAGCCUUCCCGACCGUAGGAAG